ACCUGUGAGGGGCGGGACAUGCGCGUUGGAUGGAUGAAGGAGGGAGGCGCACAACUCUAGACCUACACCCGCACGGAGAGGCUCUGCUCUUGGGAUGUGCGUUAUCGCACAGAGACCCUCGACUGAAAUGGAGAAAUAAAACGACAUGCAUCCAAGACAACCGCGGAUACCGACGCCGAUGCCUUAUUCCGGACAUUAAGAGCCGAAUCGCCGCGUAAUUAGCUGGAGGGAGGGGGGUUAAAAGGGAAAAGGGGUCGAUCAUGGGGAACGAAGCGAGCCAAGAAGGCGGCGAAGGGGCAUUCGCUGGAUUACCAGCGGGACUCGCACCUGAUGGGAAGGGUGGUUUCAUCCAGAUGCCCGCUGGGGUGGAGGCAGACCUCAGUAAUCUAUCUGAGGAGGAAAGAAAGCAGCUUGUGGCCGCUAUGGCCAAAGCGCAGUCCAGGCCACCAGAGACUCAAGCUGGUGGCACCAGAGUCCCAGCAGGUCUCAGUAAAAGUCGGACUGUAGAUGCAUUUGGAGAGGGGCCGCCUCCCAAGCCAAAGCCUGGACGGAGCCCCUCCUCACUCAGUCUCCUUGAGUCACGUUUCCGGCAGGAGCCCAAAGACCCAGAACAACCACGAACUGGCAUGUUCUCAUCUGGCUUCUUGAGUGGGGCCAACCCCCUGAGUGCGGUCUCUUCUGCUGUCUCCUCUGCCAGCAUCCCAAAGUUUAGUUUGUUUGGUGAUGAUGAGGAAGAGGUGCCUACAAAGCAGGAAGGAAAGCCUCCUGGCCCACAGAGUGGAGCAGGGAAGGGUCCUCCUCAGCAAGGGGGUAAGCCACCUCAGCAAGGUCCACCUAAAGGACAGGGGCCUGGAGGUAAACCUGGAGGUCCUAGUCCCCAACAACAAAGACCAAAACCUAGUGGACCAGGACCCCAACAGGGACCUAAACCUGGGGGACCCGGACCCCAACAGCAGGCACCUAAACCUGGUGGACCAGGACCUCAACAGGGACCCAGACCUGGGGGACCAGGAACCCAACAGCAGGGACCUAAACCUGGUGGACCAGGACCUCAACAGGGACCCAGACCUGGGGGACCAGGAACCCAACAGCAGGGACCUAAACCUGGUGGACCAGGACCUCAACAGGGACCCAGACCUGGGGGACCAGGAGCCCAAGAGCAGGGACCUAAACCUGGUGGACCAGGACCUCAACAGCAAGGACCCAGACCUGGAGGACCAGGCCCCCAGCAACAAGGGCCUGGGAAGCCUGGUGCAGGGGUUACAGCAAAACCCAGUGGACCUCAACCACAGGGUAAACCUGGACUGGGGGCUCAAGGGAAAGCAAUGUGUCCUCUUUGUAAUUCUACAGAGCUGAAUCUGCAGGCUAAAGACCAGCCACCCAACUACAACACAUGCACCCAGUGCAAACAGCAGGUGUGCAGCCUGUGCGGCUUCAGUCCACCAGACUCAGCGGGUAAGGAAUGGUUGUGUCUGAACUGUCAGAUGCAGAGGGCAGUGGGGGGCAUGGAGCCUCCUGGACCUCCAAUGAUGAAACAGCCCCCCAAGCAGGGUUCUGCACCUCCCUCCCCACAAAGGAAGGAGCCACCUUCUGGGUUUCCCUCUAAGGAUGAGCCAGGGAAGAAGCCCCCAAUGCUGACCAAACAACAGAGUAUUGCUGAUACUGGGAAAGGAAGUACUCCUCCAACUACACCAAAAUCUGGACCACAGCAGGGCCCUCAGCCUGGACAACUAGGGGCCAAGCGUGGGCAGCCACCACCUCUUCAAAAACCUUCACAGAGCCCAAAAGGUAGUCCUCAGCCUUCUCCUGCAAAAACUACUCCAAAACAAGAUGGAGGGGGCUUUUUUGGAGGAUUUGGUCUGGGAGGAUUGACAGAGGUGACAAAACCCUCUGGAGGUGCCCAGGCUACAGAGUCAGUCGCAGGAAAACUCUUUGGUGGAUUUGGUGGGUCGUCCGAACCUCAGGUCGGUUCUACUGCUCAGGCCAGCGAGUCGGUCACUGGAAAACUCUUCAGUGGGUUCAGUGGUCUCACUGAGUCGGCUAAACCUAUGCCAGCAAGUUCUCAGUCUGCCGAGAGCGUGUCUGGAAAGAUGUUUGGUUUUGGCUCUUCCAUCCUGAGCUCUGCCACCAAUCUCAUUUCCGGGGAGGAAUCAAAGUCUCCCCCAGAAUCUCCUCCAGGAUCACCCCCUGAUUCCCCCAUUGGGUCUGAAGCAGACUCCCCUCCCGGAUCCCUCCCUGACUCAGGCUCAGAGUCACCUCCUGACACACCACCUGCUUAUUCCAAAGACACAGCCUCUCCAGAACCUACAGCCGCUGAAGGAAAAACAUCAGCAGACAUGCCCCCUCCAAAAUCGACAGAAGUAAAGGAGCCUCCAACUCCAAUUUCAGGCUCUGAGGCCCAGUCCUGCUGUCCACUCUGUAAAGUGAAGCUGAACAUGGGAUCAGGAGAGUCACCUAACUAUAGCACCUGUACAGAAUGCCAGAAGACUGUGUGCAACCUCUGUGGAUUCAACCCCACUCCACAUCUCUCAGAGAAAGAAUGGCUCUGCCUAAACUGCCAGACCCAAAGGGCUCUCUCUGGGCAACUUGGGGAUAUGCCACCUCCUCCUUCUCCAUCCAAGCUGCCAGCCAAACAUGAACCCACCCCUCCCUCCUCCCCAGCCCAUGCAGCAUCCUCCACCCCCUCCUCUCCUGCACCUACUGCCACUGCCACCCCCACCAAAGGGCUAACACGGAUGCCCAGCAUAACUCAGGCCCCAGCUGACAAGUCUGAGCCAGUCUCAGCCAAAGUUGAUGCUAAAGAUAUCAAAAAAACUAAUGCAGAACAAGGGGUUACAGCAGAGCCAGUACCGAAGAGCACACAGGUAGUACCAGAAGAGAGCAAAGAACAACAAGCACGUGGCACCCUGAAUGAAAAAACAGUGGGCGCAGCAACUAUAACCAAGCAAUUAGUUAAGGAAGAUGCCCCUCCUUUACCUCAUGUUUUAAAAGAGACGGCAGAUGUUAAAGGGGCAGCUGUAGAACAGCCUGAAACUGAGGACCAAACAGAGGUACAGAAUACAGAGAACAGUGAGCCAGAACAGUGCCAGGUCCAAAAAACAGAAUAUGCUAAUACAUUUGAAAAAGAGCCUGAUAUCAGCCAGGAAGCACCUAUAAUUGAUAAUGUCAUUCAGACCCUUCUGGUUAGUGACAUGGAAGCCAUUUCAGGAAAAGAAAUAGAGCCACAAUCCACUGAGACAUUAGAACCAGCCACAGAGAUCAAAAUGAAAGAGUCCAAUGUAAGUCAGACUACAGAGAAACAAUCUGAAGAGCUCGUACUACCCUCAAAUGUAGAUACAGUAGAUAACAUGCCUGUAAAGGAAAGCUCUAUUGAUACAGCAACUUAUGAUCUUGGUCAAAGUAGCAUAGGGAAUGUGCCAGAGAGGAAACCUGAGGCCUCUGUGCAAAUUGAGGCACCAGGGAUUGAGUCCAGUGAGCCCCGUGAUGAUCAGCCAUCCUAUUAUAUUACCUAUCAGGAAAAAUAUGCAGAGCCAGAAAAUAAAGCAGAUCAACUUGAAAAUGGGGUCAUAGCGGAGGACAUUUUAAAUAACAAAUUAAAAGAAGAGCAGGUUACAGAAACAACAAAGCUAACCCCCCAAAAUAAUGUAAAUGUAUGUGACAAAGAAGUGCUUAUAGUACAAAUUUCUGAGAUGAAAGAUCAAUUUGAAAAGUCAGAAGUCACUACCAAAGAUUCUAGUCUUAUUGCAAAUAAUAUUUCUGUAGAUAAUAACGAAGGGAAUUCUGAAAAAAGUCCAUCUUUAGUUACUGAACUCAGCUUUACAGAAGAGAUAUUGGCCAGUGGAUCCGAAAAAGUUAGUAAAUGUUGCCCGAAGGAUCACUGCACUAAAGAGGUCUAUGUAGAAAAAGAGGAAAAGCCUCUGGAAAAGGAACAGAUGAGCACAGAUAAAGUAGUGCUGGAAAAAUGUAUGCCAGAUCAAGCAGGUGAAGAUUUAGAGAUCCUCAAGAACACAGAGCAGAAAGUCACUCUCAAGACUAUGCCUGACGACAUCAAUUUUGAAUUUAGUUCUGAAAGCCCUUUCUCUGAAAUAGAGAUUAGUCCAGAUAAAAACAUAGAGGUACAAAAGAUGGGGGAGACAUACCCUCCAACCAUUCAAGAAGCUGCUCCCAAACCAGAUAAUACAAUGUCAAAAACAGAGAAAAUAUGUGAGCGAAACACAGAGUCAGAUGCUUUUAUUACAAAGAAUGAGAAUGAAUCUAUCGUCAUUAAAGAUGAACUGUCAGAGAUUGUAGAAAAAAUAUUUCCAGAAGAAAAGGAAAUUAGGCAAAUUCCAGACAUUGUGACAGAAAAAGUUUUAGAACAGUCUGUCAUGCCAAGUGGUUUUGCUGACCAGAAAAUUGAAGUCCCCUCAUUCCCUGUGGUUAGUCAGAAUGAAGACAUAAAAGCAAUAAUUGUGAUUAAGCCUGAAGUGUUGCAGUCUGCACAACAAGUCAAAACCCCUGCUGUAAUAUCUACUGUGUCUAGUGUGAAAGAUAAAUUAGCCAGUGAGGAGCUGAUGGAAAAAAAACUGGUUGUAACUGACCUGGAAGUCACCAAAAAAGCUAAACUGGAAUCUACAACUAAUUUUGUGCCCCAUGGCCUAGACCAUGAUGUAGAAGUAGUCUCCCCACCAUCUACAUUUAGCCAAAAGGAAAGAAACAAAUCAGAGGAGGGAAAGUUGACCUCUGAACCACAAGAAAAAUUGGAGGAUGUGCUACAGCCAUUGAUAAAGUCUAAUGAAAUUGAUGAAUCUGGAGAGAAUAAAGAAGAGGCUUUUGUCCCAGUGAAAGAGAGUGAGCUACUGAGGAAGUCUGGUGAGAAAGAUAAAGAAUGCAGCCCUAUGAGUACUUCAGACUUGGCCAAGUUGGAAAGCACCGUCCUUCCUAUACUAGAGGCUCAGACAACAUCUAAAGAGGAAUCACAAACUGAAACUCAAAAGAUCAAGCGUCGACUGGAGGUGUUGCCAAUGUCUCCAGAACCCAGCUCAGAGGAUGAACAACAUGGAGAAUCUCAAGAGCAAAAAAUCGAUGUACCAAAAAAAGAGCGGAAAAAACUUCUGGUUCCAACUGAUAUUCAAGGAGAUUCUUUUGACGACAGUAGUGAGGGAGAAUCUUCACCUAAACUGCAAAGGAAAAAGACUGGUGGAGAUAAGGAAGUAGAAAUGGAAAGUCCUAUGGAUGAGGAGGAUUUCAUCCGGAAGCAGAUCAUAGAGAUGAGUGCAGAUGAGGAUGCAUCACCAUCUGAUGAAGAAAACAUUGCCAGACGGAAAAUUAAAGAUCAAGAGAAGACGCAAAUGAAACAAAAUGCAAAGAAAGAUGAAAAGGACAACAGUGAUUUGUGCAAAGGGAGACACCUUCUCAAAAAGAACAGCAGUAUCAGUCCAGAAGAUGAGCCUGAAUGGAAAAGUAUUAUUUCUGUUACUAAAAUUGAAGAACUAGAUAAAGGAGAACAACCUUCGGUAGACAGUGGAGUUGGUAUGCGACACUUUAAAACAAUUGAACUUAACAGUGCAGCAGCCACUGUACGUCAGAUAUCAGAUGACGGUGAGCUAGAGAGCCUAACAGACUCUCCUGAUGACAGGUCCAGAGGUGAAGGCUCUUCCAGUUUACAUGCAUCCAGUUUUACCCCAGGAACAUCUCCAACAUCUUUGUCCUCUCUUGAUGAAGACAGUGACAGCAGCAGCCCAAGUCAUGUUCGGUCUAGUGGUGAGGGCAAGCAGCAGAGGAAAGCGAAGCACAGGUCAGGCCAGCUUCCUACCAUUGAGGAUUCAUCAGAGGAAGAGGAGCUGCGAGAAGAAGAAGAGCUUCUGAAAGAACAGGAGAAGCAAAAGGGCACAGGAAAAAAGUCAAAGAAAGACAAAGAAGAGAUACGGGCACAGAGAAGGAGAGAAAGGCCCAAAACUCCACCAAGCAACCUCUCACCAAUUGAGGAUGCAUCUCCCACAGAAGAGCUACGACAAGAAGCAGAGAUGGAGGAAUUCCGCAGGUCCUCCUGCUCAGACCUCUCCCCAAGCAUGGAGUCAGAACCAGAGAGCUUUGAGAUUCUCCCAGAAAAGAUUGUUGCUGUCCAAAAAGUGUAUCAGUUACCAACAUCAGUCUCACUGUACUCUCCAACAGAGGGGCAACAUGCUGAUAUUCAGUCCAAAGAAAAGAGAAAACAAGCAUUAAGAAGUGCAGAUGAGGCAUAUGAAGAGAUUAUGCUCAAGGUCAAAUCUCCAACUAAUGAUGGAAAAGAACAUCCACCUGGUAAAGAAUCUCUUUAUGGGGGCAUGCUGAUAGAAGAUUAUGCAUACAAAUCUCUUGUUGAUGAUGCGUCCUAUGAGCAAGAACCAGAUAAACUUUUUGUGUCAGAGAAACCCAAAAAACCCCUGAGAUCACCUGAUGAGGUUUAUGAGGACAUGAUGCAAAGAAAGAAAGAGAUUAUGCUUAAGGAACAGGAGAUAAAACACAGUAAGCCAGUAGAAGAUGCUCCUAAUAUAGAAACCAUGUUGCCUGAAACUGACUCAAGCAAAGAACAAAGCAUUAUGUCAUCAAGCACCACAGGUCAAUCCAGAAAGGAUGGAAGGCCAUUAUUAGAUGCAGAAGCAGCCUAUGAGGAGCUUAUGAAGAAGCAAAGAGCAGUACUAACUCCAGGUGUCAGUCCAACUCAAGUAGGCCCUGAUCCGAGUGGCAUGGCACAAGGUACAACAAUAAGCCAAGUUGAAAAAACCGAGCCAUCACCCCUACGAAGAAUACUGCCUAUUCCUGAUCUAAGAGUGACACAGUGCUCCUCGGGUGAAGAGGAAUCUGGUGAAGAGAGCAUUUCUGAUCAAACACAAGACUCUGAGAAAGCUACCGUUUCAGUUACAAAGACUGAAUCAGAACCACUUGUAGAUGAGGCUUUCCAGAAAACAUCAGCUUCAGAGCCAGUCGCAGAUGAUUUGUCACUACAAAAAGAAGUGACAUUGUCUGCAGUAUCAAGUGAUUCACAGGAUGCCACAGAGAAAGAUAUAGAAAUUGAGCAGACAGUUGUUGUUGACUUGUCCAAGUCAUCAGCCUCUAGUCAAAUUGACUCUUUUACAGCACCAAUUCCUAGUGUAAUUUCAAGAUCCUCUGCCCCAGUAGUUGUAAGUGUAUCACCUUUACCCACAGUACCACAAUAUAUAGUACCCACUGUACCUAGUGUUGUAUCAACUGCUCCACUAGUUCCUCCCAAACCAGUAGUACUACGCAGAGCUGCAUCUCUGGAAAAAGCAGACAUUCCAGUUCCUCCACCCUUGCCACCUCCAACUUUACCCAAACCCUCUGUGUAUCCCAAAAAGACUCCACCACAGGUCCCCCCAAGAACUACUCCAGUUGGCAUACCAACCACAGGGGACAGUGUACCAGUAAGACAACCUCUCACUCCAGGGUAUAAGCCCCAUGUUCCUCCACCUGUACCACCUAAGCCAUCCUCUAUCCCUGCAGGCCUAACCUUCAGUCACAAACCUGGGGAGACUGUUAAACCUCCUAUAGCUCCCAAACCCAUAGGUGGUUCUCAGCUACCCUUUACAGCCCACACACCUGCAAGACCUACCAUACUGAGUACAAGCAGUGCAGAUAGUGUCCUUAAUUUAAGUCCUUCUACCGAAAGUAAAACCACAUCUCCUCUCAAGUCCCCUACAUCACCCAGGUUUGGAAAGGUUUUACGUGACACAUAUGUUGUUAUUACUUUGCCAUCUCAGCCUGGUUCACCUACAGAAGGUAUCACAACCCAAGCCUCAAUUAAUCCUAGCCAAGAAUCACCUCAGAAACCACCUCCUUCACCACCUCAACCACCUCCACAGUCACAAACAACUAGAGUACCAUUGGCGUUCACACGAAUUACUGAAUCUAUUGAAAGUCAAGAAAUAUGUGGUACAGAGAAGGUAGUUUCUAGCAUGAAUCAUGUCUACGAGGCUAUUUCAGCCUCAACGCAGCCUCAGUCAAUUAAUCCAAAUGUUGGGGUUCAGGUAGUUACCACUGAAGUCCAAAGAACCACAGUGUCUGUUGUGCAUGAAAGGACACCACCUCCACGUCCCAUUCCAAGAGCCACUGGCAUCUCUGUUGUUCAAGAAAGCAUAAAACCUGAACCAGCUCAAUUGCAGAAUGGUCAUGCCUACCAUCCUGGUGAGGUGGUGGAUCUCCGUACCCCAAAGAUAGAUGCAGAGACAUCCAUGAAAGGUGUGGAUCUGUCUUCCUCUGAGUCAAGACGACAGUCCCUUGCUAUUGAUAGUGGUGGACGUCAGCAAAGUGCUGUGCAGUCAUCUGUAGUAAACCUAAGCACUGAUACUUCCUCAGUCUCUGUGGUUACUGACAACAUCACCAUCCUCACGUGCACAGCCACUGUAGCUUAUGGUAGUGAUGCAUCGCUGUCUACAUCAAUGCCUCUCCAAAUUACAACAGCUAAAUCCUUUGAGCCUGUGUCUCAAAUUAUUUACAGACCAGUGGAUUCUCAACCAGAGAAACCCAUAAAUCUCUCUACAACAAUGGGUAAAACUGUUCCUGUAACAAUGGCUCCUACAAUUGCAAGCAAUGGCAUUUGUGCAACUAUACCCCCUCGUCUAGAAACAGGCUUAUCCGGUGCAGUUGAUCUCACCACAGUAAAACCUGCACAAACUUUGGUUGCAAUGAAUGGGUCCACUGCAGGGGUGGUUACUGCUGUAAUUACAGAGGAUAAUGGAAAACCAGUAGAUCUUACUGCUGGAAGAAGAGCAGUCUGCUGUGAUGUAGUCUACAAGCUUCCUUUUGCAAGCAGCUGUACAACUCAGCAGCCCUCAGCUCCAUUACCAGAGGAUCGCUUUGGCUACAGAGAUGACCAUUAUCAAUACGAUCGUUCUCCUUAUGGUAUGAGAGGUCUCGGUGGCAUUAAACCCUCAAUGUCGGACACAAACUUGGCAGAGGCUGGUCUCUUCUUUUAUAAAAGUAAGCAUAGUUAUGAUUACAAGGAGACCACUGAAGGUGCUGUAGACCUGACAUCUGGAAAAAUGUCGGUGGCAGGUGAAGCUGUAGACUAUUCGAACAAGUCUACAGGAGUGUGCAUUGGAAUGACAGUUCCACAGUACACACAAGCCAGGAUUACUUCAGCAGUUGGAACCCACUACGGUGUUUCUAGUGUCCUAAGAUCUUCCAAUGGUAUUGUUUAUUCUUCUGUAGCAGCUCCAGUCCCUUCUACAUAUGCCAUAACCACCCAGCCUGGCUCUAUCUUCAGCACAUCCUACAAUACUCUGUCAGGCAUGCACACAAGUGAUACUAUGCCUUCACUGUCAACUCUACAGAAUCAGCCUCUCACUAGGUCACACAGCUUUCUUUCAACAAUUGCUUUAACCACAGCAGGAGAACAAAUUGACUUACCAUUAAAUCUGGAGACUGUUGUUUCAAAGGCUGGCCUUUCAACAACUCUCUCAGAUGUAGUUUCUACAGUCACCACAGUGGCAGCACUGGACACCUACACAAAUGCCUCACUAGAGGCAAUUGCAGCCUCUUUAGAAGCUCUGUCUUCACCCUUGGUUCCAGGAGAUGGACAGUACCAGAUGGAGCGUGAACUUCUUGAGAUAGAGAAGAUAAAGCAGCAACGCUUGGCUGAAGAACUUGAGUGGGAGAGACAGGAGAUACAGCGGUUCCGUGAGCAAGAACAGCUUCUUGUGCAGAAGGAGCUGGAAGAACUCCAGGCCAUGAAACAGCAAAUACUAUGUCAGCAAGAAGAGGAGAGACAGGCCCACCUUUUGAUGCAAAAGGAAACUUAUGCUCAGCAACAGGAGCAGUUAGAGCAGAUCCAGAGACUCCAAGAACAGCUCAGACAGCAGUUGGAAGAACAGAAGUUCAGGCAGAUGUAUACAGGUGAAGUCCUGCCAGAGGCUCUUGUUGUGGCAGGAGAAAGAAAAAUGGACAGUGGCUGCCAGACUGAUGAGGAGGAUAAUACUGAAAAGGCCUACACUGCAGGAAGGAAAAAGAAAAGUACAAAAAAAAGUGUUGACAGUUGUGUACAGACAUAUGAUGAAGACCAAGAUGAAUGGGAAGUUCCUGCUCGAGGCAGGCGCAGUAGACCACGUGGUGGUAAACAUGGCAUGGGUGAAAGAGGAGCCGUUUCAGUUCAGGCCCUUACUGAAAUCUCUGUACAAACAGACUCCUCAGGAACACUUAAGGGGCACUCAGUGCAGGUAGAUACUAGAUUAGAUUAUUCUGACUCUGAUAGAACUUCCUCUCCAAAGAGGCGUCCCACUCCACUUGAUAUAGGUCAGUCUCCUCACCUCAGAGCAGAUGCCUCUACUCUUCAGGUGGUCUCAGGUCCUCCUAAAUCCCCCAAAGUACUGUAUUCUCCAAUUUCCCCUUGUGUAUCCCCUAGCAAAUCCCUUGAGUAUCUGUCCUAUGAGAAAUCCCUUGGAGAGACAAGCCCACAGAGAAUACACUCUGCCACAGAUCUAUCCAAAGGUCCACCAACAAGUCCUAGGGCUCCCAAGGUCAUACAAAGGUCAAUGUCUGACCCCAAACCCAUGAGCCCAACUGCUGAAGAAAGGGCAGCAGCAAAUCUCCAGUAUCCUGAGGUUUACUCUGGAAAGGGAUCUCCAAGUGGAACUCCAUCUGGCACCCAAAAGAAGGUUAAGAGGACCCUUCCUAACCCCCCUUCAGAGGAAGAAGCUGUUAAUGCUGGUCAGACAGCCUACAGCACUGGCUCAGCUCGUCGCCGUCUCUGCCGAAGCACUAACAUGGCACGAGCAAAAAUCCUGCAGGACAUUGACCGUGAACUAGACCUGGUUGAGAGAGAGUCCUCCAAACUGCGUAAAAAGCAAGCUGAACUGGAUGAGGAAGAAAAGGAGAUUGAUGCCAAGCUGCGAUACCUGGAGAUGGGCAUUAACCGGCGAAAGGAUGCAUUGCUUAAAGAAAGGGAAAAGAGGGAAAGGGCCUAUCUUCAGAGUGUUGCAGAGGACCGUGACUACAUGUCUGACAGUGAGGUGAGUAACAUUCGUGAAACAAGAGUUGGAGAGGAGGUCAGUGGACAUGGGCUUGAGAGACCACGUACUGCACCACAGUCAGAACUUGAUGAAUUUGUUCCUCCACAGACCAAGCAUGACCAGUAUGGAAAAUAUUCACAGUACCAGUACACACAGUAUCAGCAGUCCCUGUACCAGCCUCAGUCAUCAUACCAAUCCCAAUCCAUCUACUCUUCUGUUCCUUCUCUGACUGCAUCACAGCAACAGAGCUACCACCAAAUGCUUUUGCUCCAGCAGAAAGCCAGACAACAAGCUGCUCUCCUCUCGGAAUUAGAUUCUACCAAAAUUUCCACCAGCUAUGACACGUCAUCUUACUUGGGAGGAAAAUAUGGUAACCACCUUGACUUGCAUAGCCUAGAAGAGCGUGCUGGCAGCUUGGCAGUUAGUCCUAUGUCAAAUGUAUCUGCUGACUCCUUCUAUGCAGACUUAGAUCAACAUCAAACACCAAGGAGCUAUAUGCUUUUAGAAGAUGCAGCAGAACUUGCAAAAAGCACUGGUAGCCUUUCGUCUGCCAGCUAUGGCAUUGCUGAGAGGGAGCUAGCCAAAGCAGAGCGCCUUCUGAGACACACUGCUGCAGAUGUUGGUACAGACUAUCUGGGAAGCUCCUCCAGACUUCACUCUUAUGGUAAGGCUCAAGAUGAAGAGGACCCCAUGGAAGAGCCAUUUGAACUAAAGCUUUUAAAACAACAACUGAAACAGGAGUUUCGGAGAAGCACAGGGGGCACUGAAAGCUUAGAGCAGCUUGCUGGACUCUCACAUCACUACACCCCCAGCACUGGAGUGUCUAGUGGAAGCUACAGGGCGUACCCCAAAACUGAAAAGUACAGCAUCAGUAGACUGACCUUAGAGAAACAGGCUGCCAAGCAACUUCCUACAUCUGUGCUCUACCAGAAACACAAAACCACCAGUAACAUAGGCAAGUACUCCUCUAUCCAGGAUAGCAGGGCUCUUGAAACAGAUUAUAGUAGCUACUUGGGGUCCAGUAGUGCUUCUCCCAGAACAAGCAGACUUCUUCAGGAUGAAAUCACCUUUGGGCUACGCAAGAACAUUGCUGAACAGCAGAAAUAUCUUGGCUCCACUCUUGGGGCCAAUUUGGCAGGUUCACUCAAUCUGGGCCAAAGCCUUAAUCUGAGCCCAGGCAUGAGGUCCUCUUUGGGAGAAGACUCUGCUUACCCUAGUGGAAGUAGGUCACGGCCUUCCUCUAGACCCUCCUCUGUGUAUGGCCUUGACCUGUCACUUAAAAGGGAUACCUCAAGUUCAUCUCUGAGGCUCAAAGCAGAAGGUGACCCCUCCUCAGACACAUCAGCUUUCCAGGCUCCAUCAGGCAGGUCAAAACCUACAAGCCUGGCCCUUGUUCAAAGUGGGCGUGGACGUAUUCCUAUUGUGGCACAGAACUCAGAAGAAGAGAGCCCACUGAGUCCAGUGGGUCAGCCAAUGGGUAUGGCACGGGCAUCAGCGGGUCCACUCCCACCCAUAUCUGCCGACUCCCGUGAUCAGUUUGGGUCAUGUUUGUCACUCCAAGACCCACAACAGCAACAUCUCAGAGAAGAUCCUUUAAGAGGGCAUAGCUAUGUACUAAUGGAUGAUCUGCAGGGCACCAUGUCUGAUAGUGAAGCACUAAGUGAAUCCCUGGUGGGUUUGAGCAGAGACGAUCCAGGAAACUCACAUGAGAAUGUCACAAACGCGUACCACCUGCGACGGGAGGAAACUGACUGGUUUGAUAAACCACGAGAUGGGCGCACAGAGAACGGACAAGGAGAUAGAAGACAGGGAAAGUCAGCUCACUACCCGUUUCCUCAUGCCAGAAUAAAACUACAGAGGGAUCCCAAAGAUCGUAGUGUAUCAGGAAACGGACUGGGCAUCCGUGUGGUUGGAGGAAAAGAGGUCCCAGGCAGCAAUGGAGACAUUGGUGCGUAUGUUGCCAAAGUUUUACCUGGAGGAGCUGCGGAACAGAUGGGAAAGAUUGUGGAAGGAAUGCAAGUUCUGGAAUGGAACAGCAUUUCUCUGACUGGUAAGACGUACGAGGAGGUGCAGGGACUAGUUGGUCACCAGGUCGGAGAGGCGGAGAUGUGUGUCAGACUUGACAUAAAUAUGCUGUCUGAUUCUGAAAGCUCCCACCUAGAUCUUCAAGACCAGAACAAAGGGGACAGACCUCCGCGGUCACCAGGUGUGGACCCUAAGCAGCUGGCUGCCGAGCUGCAGAAAGUGUCCCAGCAGCAGGUGCCAUCCUCCUCUGCGUCAGCACUGGAUAAAGCCUCAGCGUCCACUGGCUCCAGUGCAGUUCCCAGUCCUGGCCAGCCUGGUUCACCCUCUGUCAGCAAGAAGCGUCACAGCAAGACCUCUGAGGCUGCAAAAACUCAGUCCCAUCCAGUGUCAGGAGAGAUCCAGCUUCAAAUAAACUACGACAAACAGCUGGGAAAUCUCAUUGUCCAUGUUCUUCAAGCACGAAAUCUGGCACCCCGGGACAACAAUGGCUACUCGGAUCCGUUCGUUAAAGUUUACUUGCUGCCGGGUAGAGGUCAGGUCAUGGUUGUGCAGAAUGCCAGUGCUGAAAACAAAAGAAGGUCCAAACAUGUUCAGAAGAGCCUGAACCCAGAGUGGAACCAGACUGUCAUCUACAAAAAUAUCCAUCUGGAACAGCUAAGAAAGAAGACACUGGAGGUCAGUGUGUGGGACUACGACAAGAGCUCUGCCAAUGACUUCUUGGGAGAGGUACUAAUCGACCUGUCCAACACGGCCCAACUGGACAACGUCCCACGCUGGCUGCCUCUGAAGGAGCAGAGCGAGGGCGAGCAUCACCGGCGUUCUCACUCGGGACAGGGCCGCCAGCACUCGCCCAAACCCCCCGGGGGACACGGGAGCCAGCAUUCUCCAAAGACCUCCAGUCACGGCAAGGAGGACUCGCCCAAAUCCUCGGUCAUCAAGAGCCGUAGUCACGGAAUCUUCCCUGACCCUGCCAAGGACACGCAGGUCCCUACUAUUGAGAAAUCACACAGUAGUCCCAGCACAUCGAAGCCGUCCCUCUCCGAGGGCCAAGCUCGCCCCCACGGAGGCCCCCGUGCUCAUGGCAAAAGUAGCACGGCCCGGGCACACCUUGACGAUGCCGCGGCACCGGCCGAAGCUGCCGGCCAGCAGCCCCGUCUCCAACCAACCCAAAAUGGCCGCCUCGACCCGAGGCACCACAGGCACAGCGUAGUUGGUGUGCUCACCAUUCAGAGAGCCCCGUCCGAGUCGCCGGCCAAUGAGAUCCCUGAAGGCCGUCACCUGACGCUCAGGAAAGCCAUGUCUGAAGAGAGGCCGCAGCCGGACGGAGUGUCCCGCAGCCAUAGAUCUGGUGAUGCUCCUGUUACUGCAGCCUCAUUGGACAGUGGUCUGAGUGGCAGUGCCUUUAGCCUAUUGGAUGAAGAGGGCGGGACCAAUGCGGUGGAUAGUGCUAUCUUCCAGGUUCCCAGAUUUGGAAAGAUUCCAAACGGCACAGAAGCUGUAAAAUCCGCUCAUGGAGAUACAGAGGGUAAGACUCAGGUGAUGGGGGAGAUAAAGAUCGCCCUGAAGAAGGAAAUGAAGACAGAGGGGGAGCACCUGGUGCUUGAGAUCCUACAGUGCAGAAACAUAACCUACAAAUUCAAGUCUCCAGACCACCUCCCAGACCUGUAUGUGAAGCUCUAUGUGGUGAAUGUGGCCACUCAGAAAAGAAUCAUUAAGAAGAAAACCAGAGUGUGUCGUCACGAUCGCGAACCGUCUUUUAACGAAACCUUCCGCUUCUGCAUGAACCCCACAGGUCAUUCCAUUCAGCUCUUUCUUGUUUCAAACGGAGGCAAGUUCGUAAAGAAGACCCUAAUCGGCGAAGCCUACGUGUGGCUGGAUAAGGUAGACCUCCGGAAACGGGUGGUGAGCUGGCACAAGCUGCUGGCCAGCACAGCUCAGAUCCACUCCUAAAGAUGGCGGUCAUAUGAGGCGCGAGGACAGAACAGGCAGCGGAGUCGCACAUCCCUGCCGCACUCUUUGGGACUAAACUGAGCUGAAUUUGGAGGGCCGACACAGAGAGCUUCCCGAUUGCACUGGCACAUGUGAUUGUGUUAACCCAAGCCAUGGAGAAACAGGUGUAUAAUGGUGUUUACAGAAAGGAUCUGACCCUUAUUGACAAGAUGCAGAUCUUUACAUUAGGAAAAGCUCAAAAAAAUUGAGCCAGAGAGUCACACAAUGUUCAUACGUAUAUGUGUACAUGCACUUUCACAAUCACUCAAACUUAUCGACAUAUUUAUACCAACGUAUGUAUAAUAAUAUGUGUACAAUGGGCCACAACAGACAAGUUAGAUAAUAGAGUGAAAGUUUAUUUAUCCCGUUUGUGCAUUAUUUACAGAUAGAGACGGAUAUCAUAUACAUUAUUUUUGUAUGAUAGAGACAAAUUCAGUUUUAGAUCUUUAUUGUUAUUUUGCAUUCCCUCUCAGAUGUUAUUAUGUGUUGACAGAAUUGAUAUUUAAAGGAUAUUAUCAAUGGAUUAGAAGAGUAUUUUAUGGUAUAUUAUAGACAGAUUUAAAUGAAUGAAAUAUGAUUUUUUUGGGGUGUUGUGAUGACUCGUUGUGUCUGUAUGGUUAUUAUAACACUUACAUCUUUCGCUGUGUGAUACUAAACUCAUCAAAGUCAGUGAUACAGUUUCAGAGCCCGAGGAAAUUAAGAAGCAGAUAAUUACAAAGAGUUUAAACGUUUAAGAAAACUGCCGGUCUAAUAUGACUCACAGAAAUGAAUGGGAAAUUGAAUAGAAUGUGUUGGCUGAUUGUUAUGAUUUGUGAUCUCAUGUGAUGAACGUGACAGAUGAAAUAUCUCCGAUAUGCAGCAGCAACAGUUGAAAAUGUCCAAUCCAGCACUGUUAUAUGAUUUGCACUUUGUGUCUAGCAUUUUAAGAUUGUAGGUUGGUAGCUUUUUCGUCAAAAAAAAAAAAAACAUCCCGUCAUUUGAAAAAGUCAAACACUGUCAAUCCCCCACACAAACUCAUACGCAUCUGUCUCUCUUAAAUACUCAAGGAUUAGAGUUUGAAUGGGUCUGUGUAGUGUCUGUCCACAUCAUAUUGCUGAUACAAUGUUGAUAUUAUGUUUUAUUUAAAAAAAACUCCUAAACACUCAGGUUUCGAUGAAAAAGCCUUGCUUAUAAGUUAUUGGCUGAUCUUUGAUCUAAGCAGGUUCAGCUUAAAGGUGAUAACAGUGAGGAUCAGGGUGAUGACAUCAAAAUGUGUACAUUUUUAAUUGAACAGAUCAUUUGGCGUACUGUUAUUUUCUUUUCAGUUUACAUGUCUAAAAGGACACAUUUAGACGCUGAGUGCACCAUCUCAUUCUUUCAGAAAAGUGUGGCCACUUCACAAUGCAGACACUGAAAUCAAAUGCCAUUAGUGUUAUGUAUUUGAUGUUUAUGUUGGUUUUAUGCCUUUAAACUUGGGAUGUGUGGGUUCAAACUUUACAACACAUAGCCCAGCCAUUUUACAGCUCAAGCACUUACGGAUAUUCACUUAAACAUACAGCGUUAAGGGUUAAGUCAACUUUUAACCUGUGCCAAACUACCAAAAUCCGCAGGUUCUGUGUAUGUUAUUCUAUGCAACCGAAAAUACAUCUGAUGUACUUCUUUACAGGAUCAUAUCAUAGCAAACUGGUGAGGUUCAUCAUCCACUCAUUACUUCAUCUCACUGCACUCAGAUUUAUAUACAAUGCUCAGCGUUCACUAUAUAUUCUGAUCUCCCAGAAUGUGUUAUAAUUGUUUUAUGUUUAAAAAUUAGAUGAGGGGGGAAAAAGCAUCAUAUAACAAUUCGUCACAUGAAUUCAUCUUAACCAAUGCAGCCUACAUUGAAUAAUAAUGCUCCAAAUUCACUUCGCCAAACUAACUCUUUCACCUCUGCAAAAAUGAUACAAAACAAUAAAAACAAGACGUGUAAAUAAAACAAAUAAUUUUCUUUUUGUACAAACAGGAUCUUGUAUGAGUUUUCUGGUUCAGUGAAGAGCAUGUGUGAGGGAAAGAAGCAGAGCGACUGUGUUUUGAUCUGUGUGUUACAUGUUGUACAUGCACUAGGGUAAAAGCUUUCCCCAUGCUUGCCUCUGAUAGACUGGACUUGACCUGCACAACAGACACUGAUUUAACCCUGUAUAAUAAAGAGCAGAUGUUGACCUUACUGACUCCAAGUAGAAUCAGGAAACGUAUGGUGUUUUCACUUUGGAUGUUGCAUGUUUUGUUGGUGGUUUGUUCAUACUAUUUUUGUGUCCAGAUUCUAUUUACAAAAAGAGAAAAAGAUUGUGAAAAGUUAAUCAGAUCUAAAUGUGUAUGCUGACUGUACAAAGAUAUGCUUGUAUAAUCCGUCUGGUUUUCCACUUAAUGUAAACUAAUUUAAAAAAAAUCCAGCUGUCAUGGUUUUUGUGGUUGUACACAAACGGUAUUGAUAAAUUAUGCAAAUUGUGCUGUAAUAAAAGGCUAUUGCCCUAAGUCUAAAUAUUAAAUGAUAUAUGUAAAAUUC